GGUAUUCCUCUAAGAUCCCCUCAGAUUUGGUACUCUUUUUAGGUCUUGGCUUCAUAGAUUGGUAAUUUUUAUACAUAGAUUUUCUGUGUGUCUCCUUUUUUGGUCUGUAUCUCUAAUAAAGAUUGAACUCACCUACAUGGAUUUGAUGGGUUUGAUUCAGUGUUUUCCACCUUUGUCUGGAGGAUUUAAAGAGAUACUUGGGUUAGGGUUAGAUAUUGUCUUCAUCUAGCUGUCGCGUAUAUCUUUCUCUUUCUAUACACAGAGAUCCAAUAGUUCUAUAUUUUUUGUUUUUUGUUUUGGUUUUUUUAAAUAUGUUUGCUGCUUCUUCUUGAUAUCUCUAUCUAAAAUACUCUGACAGAACAUUCCGUUUUUUUCCCGACAAGUUUGGGUUUCUGAAUAUUGUUUCCAUUUUAUGAAUCUAUUUCCAUAUUCUUGAAUAUGGUUCCCAUUUUCUUUCUCAAUCUAUGACAACUUAGGGUUUUUUUUAAUUUUUUUUUUUUUAUGGCUGAUUUUAUUGUGGUGUGUUGUGAGCAAAUAGUUUUGUGAUUUAUAAGUCUAGGGUAUUGAUGGGGAUGGGUUAAUAUAGACGGGAUUGAUACGAUGAUGAUGUUUAUAAGAUGGUUUUUCUGUUGAAAAUAUUUUGGGAUCAAAAUUCCAGACCUAUCAGCUAUACUGAUCCUAAGACCAAGUUUGGUAUUUUAAAUGGGUGAUUCUCUUCUAACGGUCCUGUCAAUGGAAAAUCACCACCCAUCCACCCUAUUGUCCAUGGACUCGAGUACUUCGUCAUCACGUGACGAAUUGGAUCUCGAGAUGAAUCGCCAAGUUGUUCUUCCUCGCCCUCCCGAUAUCAAUUUACCCCUGUCGGUGGAACGGAGCCCACCUCCACAGACGUGGAACUUGGACACUUGUGAUAUUCUUGAUGUUGGGCUUGCUCCCCAAUUCUAUGAGACGGAGAGUUUUCUUAAUGUCCCCAAGGUUGGACGGAAAUGCGUGAAAAGGGUUGAUAGCAUUUGGGGUGCUUGGUUUUUCUUUAGUUUUUACUUCAAGCCCAUUUUGAAUGAAAAAUCAAAGGCAAAAAUCAUUCGGGAUAAUAAAGGAAUUUCUGGGUUUGAUAAAUCUGAUCUCCAGCUUGAUGCUUUCAUGGUUCAGCAUGAUAUGGAGAACAUGUACAUGUGGGUUUUCAAGGAAAGGCCUGAGAAUGCACUAGGUAAGAUGCAGCUAAGGAGUUACAUGAAUGGGCAUUCUCGUCAAGGAGAGCGUCCCUUUCCAUUUAGUGCUGAUAGGGGUUUUGUUCGAUCUCACAGGAUGCAACGGAAGCAUUACAGGGGCCUCUCCAAUCCCCAGUGUGUUCAUGGGAUUCAAAUUGUUUCAUCACCCAAUCUCAUGGGUCUUGAUGAGGAUGAACGGAGAAGGUGGAGGGAACUCACUGGGAGGGAUUCGAACUUCUCAAUCCCACCUGAAGCUAGCGACUUCAGUUCGUGGAGAAAUCUUCCCAACACAGACUUUGAACUUGAGAGACCACCUCCUCUAAUAAAGAGUAACUCAAAUUCUCAUUCAAAGAAAUUGCUUAAUGGAUCUGGGCUGAAUUUAUCAACUCAGCCAUCUAACAUUAGCAACGGUGAUUUGAUGCAUCUAUCACCUAUCUGCAGCAAGAAGAGGAAGGACUCCCCGCAUGGGAAUGAUGAUGAAUGUCAUUUGGCUUUUAAUCCUCCUAUUAGUCGUGUUCCAGAUUUGGAAAUUCAUCCAAACGAGCCACGCUGGUUGAACGACUUCAGUGGGGUAAUGAGGAAUGUUUAUGGGCCUGUUACAGCUGCAAAAACAAUUUAUGAAGAUGAAGAAAGUUAUUUGAUUAUUAUCAGCUUGCCCUUAGUGGAUCUUCAGAGGGUGAAGGUCUCUUGGCGGAAUACUCUCACUCACGGGAUCAUUAAAAUAUCUUGUUUGAGCACAUCUCGUACGCCAUUUAUCAAGAGAAAUGAUAGGACGUUCAAGCUUAAAGAUCCAUCUUCAGAGCACUGUCCUUCAGGCGAAUUUGUUAGAGAGAUCCCACUUGCAACCCGAAUUCCUGAAGACGCAAAUAUAGAAGCAUAUUAUAAUGGACCAGGAACAGUUCUUGAAAUUAUGGUGCCAAAACUCCGUGUGGGGCCUGAAGAACACGAGGUUCGUGUUUGCCUUCGCUCUCACCUUGGAGGCAAUGAUCUUAUGUUGACUUGAGAAAUGAAUCGUAUGAGGAAUGUAAGUGUGGUUGCAUUGGUUGAUGCUCAUUAUUUACUAACUUCGCAUUAUACAGUGUAACCAAAUGGAACAAAGUGUGGACCUCAUAUUUGUCAUUUUCAAUUUUAGCUCACUAGUGCUAUGUUUUUUUUAUUCCCAUACAUUUAGCUUUUCAUUGUAAUCUCUACAUAUAUUUGAAUAUGUAUUUGAAUUGCUUGGUUUAA